AUGGUGUGCAUUAAAACUGUGUCUUAUAGAUUCAAUUUAAAUGGCCAUCAUAGUGAGUACUUACAAGCUAGAAGGGGCCUCAGACAGGGUGAUCCAAUAUCCCCUUUGUUGUUUGUCUUGGUUAUGGAAUACCUCCAUAGAUGCUUGAGGAAACUUCAAGACAAUCCAGAAUUUAAAUUCCACCCUAAAUGUGAGAGACUAGGUAUAACUAGUAUUUGUUUUGCUGAUGACCUGAUGCUUUUCACUAGAGGGGAUGUGAGAUCUGUACAACUCAUGAUGGACAUUAUCACUCAGUUUUCUGCAGCAACAGGCCUCAAAGCUAGCCCAACAAAAUGCAGAGUUUAUUUUGGGGGAGUUGGUGAAGAGGUUCAACAAAGUAUUCUGAGCAUUACUGGCUUUAUAACUGGCAGUUUACCAUUCAGAUACCUGGGAGUUCCACUCAUGAGUAGGAGUCUGAAUGUUAACAUGUGUAGGCCCUUAAUUGACAGGAUCACUGCCAAGAUAACACAUUGGACUGCAAAGCUCCUUAGCUAUGCAGGGAAGCAACAACUUGUGAAAAGUGUACUCUUUGCUAUUACUAAUUUUUGGAUGCAGGUUUUUCAUUUGCCUAAGUGUGUGACCAAACAUAUAGAAGCUAUCUGUAGAAGCUUUGUAUGGAGUGGUAAAGCUGAAGUUACAAGGAAAGCACCUGUUUCUUGGAAGAAGGUGUGUGAGCCAAAAAAUGCAGGGGGCCUCAAUAUCACAUCACUGAGUGAAUGGAAUACAGCUACUUUGGGGAAACUCCUUUGGAACAUUCAAUCCAAAGCUGACAAGAUGUGGGUGAAGUGGGUGAAUAUAUACUACCUCAAGAACCAGAACUUCAUGACCUGGCAACCGAAAAAUGAUUGUUCUGUUUUGAUGAAGAGUUUAGUAGCUUGCAGGGACCAAAUCACACAAACCACAUACUGGCAGCAUGUUUUACAAGAUGGGUGCUAUAAAACCUCGAGGAUGUAUCAUAGUCUAAGAGGUGACAGAGAACAAGUGCCAUGGAGAAAGAUUGGAUUCAAAAACCUGGCCAGGCCCAGGUCUCAAUUCCUAAUGCGGCUGGCACUUUUGGACAGAAUAAAUACCAAGAUCAGAAUCCAGAAGUUUGGCAUCCAAACUGAUCUUCAAUGUGUUUUCUGUGCUGAACAGGAAACAAUCAAUCAUCUAUUCUUUGACUGCAGGUGGACUAGAGGUGUCUGGGUUCAAAUGCUACAAUGGAUAGGCUGCCAACACAAUCCUGGUAACUGGCAUGAUGAGAAACUAUGGCUAACCAGGGAAGCAAGCAAGAAAGGCUGGAGGAGACAAAUUCUUAAGGCUGCAGCAACUGAACUUGUGUAUGCACUAUGGCAGAAUAGAAACUCCAUAGUAUUUGCUCAAGGGACACGUGACGAUCAUAUUUUAGAUAGAGUUAAAUUCAUUGUUUAUACAAGAUGUUGUAGGCAUAGAAUUCUUGUUACUCAUUUUGAUGAAAACACUCUCUGCGUAGAGUAG